AUGGCUGAAAAGCGUUUUACUAAAUUCAAUUGGUUAUCACUUUUAGGUAUUGCAUUCUCACUCACAAGUUCAUGGUUAGGUGUUUCAUCAUCACUGGUUGCAGGUCUGUACAGUGGUGGUCCUGUGCUGAUUAUCUAUGGUCUGAUCAUUGGAGCUGUGUUUACGAUUAUGUGUGGUCUUUCGCUAUGCGAAUUCUCAUCGAUGCUUCCUAACGCGAGCGGAGUAUGCUUUUGGGUAUUGAAAUUAUUAUCUGAGCCACUAGACCCUGAAGUGAUGGAGAAGGAGGCCAUUGAAUGUGAUAACGAUGAUCUCCUUGAUAUCACAGGUGAUGGGCCGCUAGCUGAUGAGCUAGAUGAGCCUGUGCUGGAAUCUUACUGCAGUGCUGAGAACUUGUUUAUCACUAAAAAAUGGAAAAAGGAUCUGGGGAUUAUGACUGGUUUGUUUAAUUAUGCUGGCGCUGUCUUCACUAGUGCCAGUAUUUGUGCUUCGCUAUCGCUCAGUAUUCUUGGUGUUUACUCUUUGAUGCACCCAGACUACGAACUUCGCCAUUGGAAUGUAUUCCUCACCUACGAGCUUCUUAACAUCGCCAUGGCAUUCGUUGCUAGUUGGGCCAGAUGGCUACCUGCGAUCUCUCAAUUUGGGCUGGGUAUAUCCGUUGUCUCUUAUGUGCUGACUUUCUUGAUCAGCAUAAUAUCUCGUAGCUUCAACCACAGCGAACAAUGGCCCACUGGAAAAACAGUUUUUGGAGAGUUUACAAAUACUACAGGAUGGUCCUCUUCAGGUAUGGCAUUCAUUGUUGGAUUGAUCAAUCCAUUGUGGUCAUUCGCAGGAAUUGAUUCGGCAACUCACAUGGUCGACGAUGUUGGAUACAGUGCGUCCAGAAAGCUGGUGCCUCGGAUUAUUAUUGCUACAAUUCUUCUUGGUUUUGCAACAGCUUUUCCUUACGCCAUCGUGAUGUUUUUCUGUAUUACUGAUUCGACCCAAGUGGUAUCAAGUAUCCUUCCAAUUUUACAGAUUUACUAUCAGGCUACCGGAAACAAAUCUUUGAGUGCUUUCAUGCAGUCCUGCUGUAUAAUUACUGGGUUCAUCUGCGGUGUUUCAAGUAGUACUUGGCAAAACAGAAUCCUGUGGUCUGUCUCGAGAACUUAUCAUCUGAUUGAAUGCGACGAGAUGAAUGCUAAAAAGGCACAGGUUGUAGCAAAGAUUGCCAGCAUCAGUCCAACCAUUCGCAUCCCGGUCUAUGCUCACUUGCUGUCCCAUUUCUUCGUUGCAGUUAUAGGCUGUAUCUUUAUGGGUUCUAGUACCGCAUUUAAUGCCAUCAUCACUGCUUGCAUCUCAAUUCUGUUGCUUUCCUAUGCCGUUCCCUGUAUCAUCAUGGUAUUUGUUGUAGGCAAGAAGAAUUUUUACAGAAAUAUUGCCAGCGAGCAGCAGGCCCUCGGAUUAAGCCACCAAGUUGAAGAGAGCAGAGCCAGCUGGUAUCUGGUUCCGAACAUUUUGACCAUCUGCUGGGCUCUCUUUUGCCUGAUUUUCCUUUCAUUCCCCUACGUUAUUCCUGUCGAUAGCAGCAACAUGAACUACGUCAGUGUGGUUUAUGGUGUGAUGGCAAUACUAAUUGCAAUUGCGCUUUACUAA